AUGUUGUUUCUUCGUCUUCAUAAUACGAUGCUACUCUCUACCAUCGGGCCCCUAAUGAUAAUACCAACAAUAUGCGCCAGGCAACCCGAAUACAUGGACGGGUUGGGCCUCGACGGCGUGACUCGGAAGUUGGCUCUUGACCGGACGCCUGCUCUGUUCACUGGCGACUUCGGGGACUGCCUUGGUGGAGAGAGUCUGCUCAACGUCACGCGCUUCGAUGCCGCCUUCUACUAUGACAACUCGACCAUCCUCUUCCAUCUUGAUGGCUCUACCAAUAUCCGCAGGGAGGAUCUUAUGCUCUUCCUAUCUUUCGAGGCCUAUGGGGAGGGCAGAUAUAACAAGACUAUAGAUCCAUGUUCAGACAACAUCUCGAGUAUGUGCCCGCUGAACGCUAGUCGACCCAUUGAGGCGUUCACAUCAUUCCAAGUAAACCUUGAAGAUGUGUCUGGGAUCCCCCAGAUUGCGUACGAGAUACCCGACCUUGAAGGCAAUGCAAGGAUUCAGAUAUUUGCGAACUCAACUCAGGCGGAGAUUGGGUGUUUCCAGGCCGUCCUGAAGAACGGGCACACGUUCUCGCAGGUCUGGUCCAUCAGUCCCGUGCUAGGCGUCUUCACCAUCGUGGCCGUCAUCGCCUCGUUUGCGACAGCAGCAUACGGUGUCAGCAUUCCCCAUAUGAGGACACACUACGCCCAUUCGCUCUCUGUCCUUGUCAUCUUCGAGACUUUCCAGUCCAUUUUCUACUCUGGCGCACUUUCGUUGAACUGGCCUAGUGUGCUUCCAGCUUGGUGGAGCAACUUUGCCUGGUCUGCAGGCCUGAUUCCCGUGUCACAUCUGGUACACUCGAUCGACUCGUUGGUUGGAGUAGGCGGCAAUGCAAGUCAGGUAGGGGCAGCUGGUUCAACGAUCCUGAACAAUGAAGGUGGCCUCCGUCAACUGAUAUACGGCCGUUCCCUGGCGAUGGACUUCGUCAACGUCAGCAAAAGACUUACUGCGCCAGUGGACACCACGGCCAACCUGCUCUCUAAGAGUCAAGUGUAUAAUCCGAAUAACCCCUAUGGUUACAACUGGGAUGGAGAUCCGGUCAAGCCAGGGAUGCCGCUACCUGGAAACUGGACUGGGUUUGCAGGGGAGCUGUCCAAACUCAAUAUCCCCGCUCCGAAUGCGUUCAUGGUUGGGCUCAUAUGGCUGCUGGUUGCCAUUGGGCUGGUGGUUUUCCUAAUGAUAGCCCUGAAGUCUGCACUCGAAGGUCUAGUGAGGUUUCACUGGAUCAAAAAGGACCGACUGGACUUCUUUCGAUCGCACUGGACAGGUUAUCUCGCCCUGGCUGUCUUGCGGACUCUCUUCAUUGCCUUCUUCUCGAUCACUACCCUGGCCAUGUACCAGUUCUCGAUUCGCGGCUCGACUGGACCUAUUGUCGUCUCCGCUUUCGUGUUUGUGUUCUUCAUACUCAUUAUGGGGGGUAUGGUGCUUUACGCGCUACACUCCCGACUGCGUUCGAGCAGUUUCGCCUCCGAUCCUGACCGAAUUCUUCUUCGUCAAGGGAAGAUGAUGGGUUGCAUACCUUAUGUGGUCCCGGUCCGCGUCAGUCAACUCAGAGAACAAGAGCUAAAUGAGAAGCCAGCUGGCUCGUUGCCUUUUAUUCGCUGGCACUUCGUUGACAGCGACACCACGCGAAGAAGUAUACACCAGGAUGAGCUUUAUGUCAAGCGGUUUGGCUGGCUGUCUGCGCGUUAUCGACUUUCGAGAUGGUGGUUCUUUGCACUCUGGCUUGCGUAUCAGUUCAUACGCGCCGGCUUUCUCGGAGGUGCGUCUGGCAGUCCGCUUGCGCAAGUCUUCGGGCUGUUUAUCGUCGACAUCCUCGCGCUUCUUGUCAUAGCAGCACUCAAUCCCUUUGAGGGUCAGCGCAACACAGCCCUAGCCGUCUGGCUAUUGGGAAUCAGCAAGGUUGCGACUACCGGUCUUCCUUGGUGGGAUAUCUUCGUGGAUGUCCCUUUACCGGAACCGCGAAAUUUCUCUUCAAGGCGGCUGGAGGACGUCCGUAUUCGAUACUACGAGCACAUUGAGCACAGCGCUUCAGAUAUUGGUCUAGCACAUCAGACCACAUUAGAGAUAAUAUCUCCAGGAUCCACGGAAGGCUUCACCGAACUCCCAAAAGCGCCGCACUUUUCUGUGUCAUCUGUUCGACGAACCCCUAAGAUCGAGGACGAGGACGAAGAUUACAUAGCGGAGAUGAAUCCUGCGCACGUUUCCGGCAUUACAGCACUUUCGCCGGGCCCAACGAGACGGCUGAGCCGAACCGGUAGUACCAGUUCGCGCCAUUCUGUCAGCAGUUUGCCUCGCGCAGCCCGCAUGCAUCGUGUUUCUUGGAGCUCGAGGGACUUUUGUCAGCUGGAGCUGGAUCGGCCCAGUCCCGCUCUCAAACGGCGGCUGAGCAGUCCCGGUUAUGCGCAUACCAACCCGGCAAGCAUGACCAGUGUGGUAACGGGUCAGCUGUCGGUCAGCAGCUCACAGACUUCAGCGGCGGCGCUCCUGGGAAGUCGGCCGAUGACUGCUGCUGACAAGAUUUCGGAGGAGCAUCAUGAACACCUUGAGGGUAAUGAGGCGGAUCCUUGGCAAGCCGCGAAUGUGGAAAGUAAUGUCGACAAGGACAAGAUGUUGAUUAAUGGGAAGGAAGAUCCAGUCGAGAAUGAGACAGAUACCCAGGGAUCUACAGAAAUGCAGCUAAGCAGGGGGAAGGAGAACUGGAGGCCGACACGUAAUACAUGGUCAUGA